CCCUUCCCGCGCGCUGCACGCAACCUGCACAGACACCACCCAGACACAUCUCGGCACAUCGCCCAAAAACUCCUUCACUCGCCAAUCUCUCCGCCAUCGUCCUUUUCUCGUCGUCACACGUAGCCACAAGAGCUUCUUGCCCGCUCGGCCAAUCGCACGGUCACCGCCCUUUCCCCUCACGCACCGUUUUCACUCACGCGCCACUCUCUCCCAAGGUUCGCGACACCCUCCUCUUCACGAGGCGCGCCGGCAACCGAGAGCUGACGGCAGCAAAGGACCCAGACACACAGACGCAGCCAUGUUGGAGGCACGGCUCGAGCAGGCUAACAUCCUGAAAAAGGUGGUGGACGCCAUCAAGGACCUCGUCCAGGACUGCAACUUUGACUGCAAUGACUCGGGCAUCGCGCUGCAGGCCAUGGACAACUCGCACGUGGCGCUCGUGUCCAUGAUGCUCAAGGCCGAGGGCUUCUCGCCGUACCGAUGCGACCGCAACAUCGCGCUGGGUGUGAACCUGACGUCGCUGACCAAGGUGCUGCGGGCGGCGCAGAACGAGGACAUACUGACGCUCAAGGCCGAGGACGCGCCCGACGUGCUCAACCUUGUCUUUGAGAGCAGCGAGAACGACCGCAUCAGCGAGUACGACCUCAAGCUCAUGGACAUUGACCAGGAGCACCUGGGCAUCCCGCAGACCGAGUACGCGGCCACCAUUGCCAUGCCGGCGUCCGAGUUUCGGAGAAUCUGCACGGACCUGGCCGCCAUGUCCGAGUCGGUCAACAUCGAGGCGUCCAAGGACGGCGUCAAGUUCUCAUGCAACGGCGACAUCGGCAACGGCUCGGUGACGCUGCGCAGCCACACCAACGUCGAGAAGCCCGAGCUCAACGUCGACAUUGAGCUGACGGAGCCCGUUACGCUGACGUUUUCGCUCAAGUACCUGGUCAACUUUUGCAAGGCGGCGGCGCUGUCCAGCCAGGUCAAGAUUUGCCUGUCGAGCGAGGUGCCGCUGCUGGUCGAGUACAACCUGUCGGGCAGCAGCUACCUGCGCUUCUACCUGGCCCCCAAGAUUGGCGACGAGGACUAAAUGCGAAUUCACACGGCACGUCGAGAAUGUAUACUGGGGCCGAGCGUCACGGGCGUAGAGGAUGCCUCGUUGGCAGUGGUGCCUGACGGUCACGCGAGGAUGGAGGAAUGGACGCGGCUGACGCAGCACACAGGGACACGGGGACGAUGAAGCUUGCACGCACGCAUCCAUUGGAAGAGGGACCGAGGAGGCGAGGCCCUCGAGUUUGUUUGUAGCUAAAAUGGGGAGGCUGCUUAGGCUGCGGUUCACCUCGUCGACGAUAAUGACUUCAAAAAAAAAAUGGCCUACUCAUUCCCAUGACACUUGUGUAGGUUGCUUGUGAUGGGGGCGAGGCGGAUGUGGGGA